AUGAAAUUUCUUCAAAUUCUCCAAAUCCUAAAAACGAAUGAAAUAUUAAAAAUAAUCCAAGAAAAGCACCCUUCUUUCACAAUUGAUCUUGAAGUGUUUUCAUGUAAAUCAUCAAAGAGGGAUAAAAAAUAUAAACAUUUUUCUAAGCCUUUUAGGUACCUGGUCGAAACAUUGGAACUAGCUUUUCCUGAUUACAAUUUUAAAGAAGAAAAUUCUUCUAACUUUACAAAAAUGACUUACCAGGAAGUUAUAAACGAGCUUAUGUACUCUCUUAUGAUUCUUUAUAAAUGUAAAUCGACGGUAUCUGAGUUUGUACAGUUUAUAAGUUUAAUAAUUGAUAAAACCGUAUAUUUAGAUGACUGCGAGAUAUUCUCAUAUAAAAAUAGGAAUGGCCCAUUUGAAAAAUAUUCCUGGUAUUUUAGUUUUUUAUUUUACAGUAAAAACGGAAAGCGGGUACUUAUGUUAAACUUAAAAAACAUUAAUUAA